GGGAACACAAUGGCACACACUACCCUGUUCCUUUUCGCCGUGCUGGGAUGCCUGAGUCUGGGACUGGGGUCCAAACGGAGAGGGGACUCGGGCGUGAUUGAGGAGUUGAGCGAGUUGAAGUCCCUAAUCAAAGACAUGGAGGCCAAAGUGAACGAGACCGAUGCUAAAAACGGGGACCUGAAAGCUCUGGAGAAGAGGCUGAAUGCCACGGAGAAGGAGCUGGAGAAAGUCAAAACUGAUGUGCAGCUCCUGAAGAAGGAGAAUGAAGAUAUAAUGGCAAAGCUGAAUGACACAGUAGAAGAGCUUGAAAAAAUAAAACAAAAUGGAUCAAAGACUACAGAAGGACCAAAAGUGGCUUUCUCUGUGUCUCUUGCUGCCUCUGGGGAGACUUAUUUGAAAGACAGUGAUGCUUCCCCAAACGUGGUUUACAAGCGGAUUUUCACUAAUGCUGGAAAAGCCUAUGACUCCAAGAAAGGUACCUUCACUGCUCCUGUGAAGGGAAUCUACUUCUUCAGCUUCAGCACAUUUGGCUACAACAACUUCCUGAGUGGCGCCAUUCUCACCAAGAACGGUGAAUACAUGGUCUCUUCCUACGAUGCUCCCUCCACUGGUGAUGUGGGCGACACUGGAGGAAACUCUGUCAUUCUACAGCUGGAGAAAGGAGAGCAGGUCUCCAUGAAACUCUGGGAGAAGUCCCAAGUAUUUGACAACCUCAAUGGCCACACCACCUUCAGUGGGUUUCUACUCUUCCCAUUGUAGAUGGAUUCAACUGUCAACUUUAUUCAGCAUUUUCUAGCAAACACCCCCACCACUCCCAAGUAGGCCGGGUAAAUCAAGUGUGAUUGAUCCAAAGAGUGUACUGACCAUAUAUUUGGUCAUAGAAUGAUAUAUUUUUCUCACUAUUGUUCUUUUGUGUUCAGUUUACAUUCAUGUGUAUUUUAGAAACCAUGUAGAAAUGAUGUAAUGACGGAGGAAAGUUUAGUCUCAUGACAGUGGAAAUGACAGACACUGACUGCUACACAGUGCUCGAACACAGCAUCUGUAAAAUAAAGAAAAAGAAAAAAAACAAUAGAUGAACUAUUCCUUUGUCAACAAUCAUAAUGCAAGCAAUGUGCAAAACACAACAACAACAAACUCAAAAAUUAAAGAAGGUGAAAUGAGUUGAAGCAUCUGAACAUGCCAAGACUUACAGUAGGGUGUGGCCACUAAGGGUUUGGGUUGGUGAGCAUGUUGAUGAGCCUGACAACCUGACAAUCAGCUGACGCAGGCUUGACUCCCGAACCUGCUCUUAUGAGUCCUAUGUUGCUUUGGUUAAAAACAUUCAGGCACCUUUAACUUGACCUUUGUAGGAAAUAGCGAGAAUCAAAUCUAUACGGAAGUGUCAUGAUGGUACUGGGUUUAACAGUAAAACCCCAAGUUACUCCAGUCCAGAGUGUCUCUAUAAUUGGUCUGUCAGUCAGGAUGAUUUUGUAGUUACAGUAUGUUUCUUCAGACAUACAGUAUUUGUCUAAAGCUAAUUGUUUCUGGUUUUUUAAAAGAUAAAUAAAUAAA